AUGGCUCAGUCUCGCAGGUGGCUAUGUGUCCAGGCUGUCUUUUGGAGGUUUCUGAUGCGCAUUGGAAUGUUCCUCCAUGAUAUCGCUCCGCCGCGCGUUUCCAAACCUCGCUUUACUCGUACCGUCGAAUCCAAUUCCCACUGCCAGUCCGUCGUCAUCCAUUUCUACUGCCCACCAGACUACGAAGAAAAACGCCGACAAGGUCACCGGUUUCCCGUUACCGUUAAUUUCCAUGGCGGAGGCUUCACUCUCGGAUGUGCUACCGAUGACUCCCGCUGGUGCGACGCCGUGGUGCAAGAGGUUGGGGCGGUCGUCGCCAGUGUGAGUUACAGGCGAGCGCCAGAACAUCCAUUCCCAGCUGCAGUUGACGACGGAGUCGAAGCAUUGCUCUAUCUCGCCACCCAUGCGACGGAUCUGGGUCUAGACGUGAGUCGCGUAGCUCUGAGCGGGUUCUCGGCAGGCGGCAAUCUGGCCGUUACAGUGCCGCUGCGACUUCGAGAGCGACUCUCCACCGAGAUCAAAGAACACUUUGGCCGGGCGGAAUCCACACAACGGUUGGUUGACCAGGUCAAUGAGCUCAAUAUCGUGGCCCUUUUCAGUUGGUACCCCAUUUUGGAUUACAUGGAGUCCCGGGAUCAUCGCCGUAUGAUGAGUCUUAUGCCGGACAAGACUCUGCCAGCAUUUUUCACCAAUCUGUUUGAUGCGGCGUAUAUCCCCGACCUGGAUGAUCGGGCCUCCCCCUAUGCAUCACCCGUACGCGCCUCCGAUAGUAUGUUGUCGGAAGGUAUCCCACAUGACGUCUUCUUGUUCAUUUGUGAAUGGGACAUGCUCAUGAAGGAGGGUCAGACUUUUGUCCGUCGUCUCGAGGGGCUUGGGAAGCGAGUUCGCGCUAUGAUGAUUGAGAAGGCCCAACAUGGCUGGGACAAGUCGCCUAACCCAUUCCGUGAUCAGGCCGGCGUAGACGUUCUGUACCGUGACGCAUGCGCCUCCAUGAAAUCAAUUUUCGAUCGUUGA